AUGAAGCUCACUACCUUGAUUGUGGGAGCUCUAGCUUCCAGAUCUCUGGCUGCUCCCCACCCCGGUUACGAAGUGCACGAACGUCGUGAUUUCAUCCCAAAAUCUUGGGUUGAAGAGAAGAGACUUGAUGCAGCUGCGUAUCUGCCCGUCCGAAUCGGACUGGUGCAGAACAAUCUGGACUAUGGCCAUGAGCUUCUCAUGGAGAUGUCUGAUCCUAACUCUGCUCGUUACGGCAAGCACAUGAGUGCAACUGAGGUGCAUGAUCUUUUUGCACCCAGCCAGGAGAGCGUGGACGACGUUCGUGCCUGGCUCGAGUCGUCUGGCAUCGCCUCUGGACGUGUCUCGCACUCUCAAAACAAGCAAUGGAUUCAGUUCGACGCUGACGCCAGCGAGCUCGAGAAACUUCUUAACACCGAGUAUUACCUCUACUCUCACUCUGAGACAGGCCGCUCUCACAUUGCCUGCCGCGAGUAUCAUGUUCCGCACUCUGUCCGCCAGCACAUUGACUACAUCACACCUGGUAUCACUCUUCGUGAGGUUUCCGGCGUAGGCAAGACUAGCAACAACAACGUUCAGAAGCGCUCUCAGUACGGCUUCCCGCCUCCCAUUCUUGAGCCCAUCCUUGAACCGAUUGAAGAGCUGCUGGAUAGCCUCUUGGAGAAAUGCGACUUGUACAUCACGCCACAGUGCAUCAAGAGUCUCUACAACAUUACCGACGGAAGGACAUCCACCAAGGGCAACGAGCUUGGCAUCUUCGAGAGCAUCGGGGACAUUUAUGCUCAGAAGGAUCUUGAUUACUUCUUCCAGAAUUUGGCCCCGAACAUCCCGGCCGGCACUCAUCCUACCCUGAAGGGCAUCGACGGUGCCACUGCGCCUGCAUCUGCUCAGAACGCAGGGGCGGAAUCGGAUCUUGAUUUCCAGAUCUCGUACCCCAUCAUCUGGCCGCAGAAUGCUAUUCUCUUCCAAACAGACGACAACGUCUAUCAGAAUAACUACACCUUCCAGGGCUUCUUGAACACCUUUUUGGAUGCCAUCGAUGGAUCUUACUGCGAUACCAUCUCGCCUCUCGAUCCUCCCUAUCCUGACCCAAAUGAGGGCGGCUACAAGGGCCAGCUUCAAUGCGGCGUCUAUCAACCACCCAAUGUGAUCUCGAUCUCGUAUGGAACCUCCGAGGCCGAUCUCCCAAUUUCCUAUCAGCGCCGCCAGUGCAGUGAAAUCAUGAAGCUUGGCAUGCAGGGUGUCUCUGUUGUUGUCGCAUCUGGUGACUCUGGCGUUGCUGGUCGUGGUGGUGACCCAACUCCAAGCAACUGCCUUGGCGAGGACGGCGAUGUCUUCGCCCCUGAUUUCCCGGCUUCUUGCCCUUACAUGACCGCCGUUGGAUCGACCUAUCUUCCACUCGGUAAGCUUGCGACCAGCCACAGCGAGGAAGCCACAACUCGCUUUGGCUCGGGCGGCGGAUUCUCCAACAUUUACAAGCGCCCCGACUGGCAGGACAAGGCAGUCGAGCAGUACUUCGCCACUGCUAAGCCCACCUACAAGUACUAUGAAAGCGUCGACAACUCCAGCUUCGCCGCCAACGGCGGAAUUUACAAUCGCAUCGGCCGCGGGUAUCCUGAUGUCUCUGCCAUUGGUGACGGAAUCGCCAUCUUCAACAAGGAAAUUCCCCAGACCAUCGGCGGAACCUCAGCCUCGGCCCCCGUGUUCGCUUCGAUUCUGACUCGCAUCAACGAGGAGCGUCUCGCGGCUGGCAAGUCGACUGUCGGUUUCGUCAACCCUGUUCUGUACCAACACCCUGAAGCGUUCUUCGACAUUACCAAGGGAAGCAACCCCGGUUGCAACACCAAUGGAUUCCUGGCUGCGGUGGGCUGGGACCCUGUCACUGGACUUGGAACUCCCAACUAUCCUGCUCUGUUGGAUGUCUUCAUGAAGGAGGCCUAG